AUGGACGAGUUACUUGCUAUAUACCUUCGCACUUUCGAACACAUCUACCGCAUCAUCCACGUCCCAACAUUCCAAAAAGAACAAGAAACAUUUCGGGAGCACCCAGACAUGCUCCCGUCAGACUUCAUCAUCAGAUUCCAGUUGUGCAUGGCACUAGGAGCCUGCAUGCACGACGACACAUUCUCCCUGCGGCCCUGCGCCCUCCAAUGGAUCCACGAAGCACAAGAAUGGCUCGAGUCGUCAGAGAACCGAAGAUCAACCAUCGCCGGUAUCCAGGUGAUGUGUCUUCUGCACUUGUCUCUGCAGGCGACGGAGUCUCUCUACGGCGACCGGGUAUGGAUCCUCAGCGGGACCCUGCUACGAUCCGCGAUGUGCCUCGGGCUGCACCGGGACCCGGCCAGGUUGCCGCGCAUGUCGAUCUACCAAGCCGAGAUGCGGCGGCGGCUGUGGACGACGAUUUUAGAGCUCGUACUUGAUGCGAGUCUCGACUCCGGUCAGCCGUCUCUGCUGUCUUCCGAUGAUUAUGACACCGAGCUGCCGUUGAACGUCGACGAUGAUCAGAUCGGCCCCGACAUCGAGACCGUCCCAUCUGCCAAGGACAUGGGGUUGCUCACGGAUACAUCUGUUCAGAUAUCUCUGGGCCGCUCGAUUCCGCUUAGGCUGCGGCUUUCGAAGCACUGGAGCAAGAUCAAGCCGGAGACUAGCUACGCGGCGAUUCUGCAGCUCAGCUCGCAGCUUUCUGCCGCCCGCCGGUCUCUGGACGAGGCUCUCCGCUUGAUGUAUCCAAAGGUGUCGCAGUUUCAGUAUCAAUACUGCGAUGCAGUGUUCAUAAGGUGCAUUUUCACUCUGCACCUACCUUAUAUACCCCUUUCCAGCCCCUUAUUCUGCCACUCUCAUAAAAUAUGCACCGAAGCCGCCUUGGAGAUGUCCUACAUGACGCUUCCCAUCUCUCACAUCAACGAUCCUCUGUUGGAGAUCAUCCACACAACUUCAGGGAUCAAGGACCAGUGCUCGGACUUUACUCGUCUGUCUCUCUGCGGCUCCGGCUCGUUCAGAACAGCUCAACACCUCGCGACGAGCGUCAUCGCCACAGAGCUGAAUCUCAUGGUGGGAAAUGAUGGUAUAAACAGACCGGCCUUCGUGGUUCGUACUGCAGAACUGCACAUGCUACUCCGUGCCGGUGUGGAAUGGUCUGAGAAGCGUAUACGUGCUGGGCAGGAUAAUGUAAAGGACUACGUUUAUUUUGCUGUGAACCUAGCAGAGAUCGAGGCCAAGAUGAACGGGAAAACCCUAGGAGACGCAAUGGAGAAAGGAGGGUUAGAAGCAGUUAAUCAUGCCGUUGCAGUGUUGACGGAAAUGAUCGGAGAUCAAGCUGUGGCGCAAGACACCGGCUUGUCUUUUGAUGUCGACCAGGAGGAGCUGGAUGUUAUGGGAGCUUUUUGGGGCGACGAUUUUCCGGACUUGGGCUGGAUAGACUCCGCGUCUCAAAGUCAAAUGUGA